AUGACGGAAUAUAACGACGAUUGUCAAGCGAUUAUUACGGAAUACUUACUCCAUUAUUGCUAUAAAGAUACCGCCAAAGCUAUGCUCAAAGACGUAUGCAGCUUAAACGGAUAUACCAAGUCAAUGGAGGUAGAAGAUAACAUUGAUGAAGUAGGAUCAAGAGCAGAAACUACCAUUCCCACUGUGGACUGGAAGGACAUUGACGCGCGAAGAGAAAUAUUGACAGCCAUAAAGGAAGGGCAAAUUGAUAAAGCGUUUAUACUAAUCGAAAAGCAAUUCCCAAAGUUAAUCAGAAUAUAUACCACUAUCAACCGCAACGAAAAGCUAACGGAAGAAACACCCCUAUCAACACUACCAAAGUUGCAUUACACUUUAUAUAAACUUCGCUGUCAACAAUUCAUUGAGUUGUUACGGACAACAGAUGUAUUAGAAGCUAUACAAUUUGCUCAGUGUUAUCUUCGACCCUGCAGUAGAAUCUAUGCAGAUUUGACAAAUAGCGUCACGCCUCUAAUAGCUUAUGAAGAUUUGGAAAGUAACGAGCAUACACAGGAACUGCUUAGCCAACAGCGCCGAGAUGACUUAGCAGAUGAAGUGAAUGAGAUGUUGUUGGAGUCACAACAACUUCCAUCACAAACAGCACUGGAAAAAUUGUGGCGACAAAAAAGUGUUAUUCAGGUUGAGUUGGAUUCACAAACAAGGAUAGAGUGUCUAAAAAAUGUGAAAGAGCAGGGAAACAGCGACAAAAUGCCAAUGUAG